AGGUAUAUGGAGGAGCGUGCUCUCACAGGCGGUAAUACAUCGCGGAAACCUUCAACGAUUUCAGCAAAGCACAAACCUAAUGUCGGAUACAGGCUAGGUAAACGAAAAGCUCUAUUUGAGAAAAGAAAACGUAUUAGUGAUUAUGCUCUUGUAAUGGGCAUGUUUGGCAUAAUAGUAAUGGUGAUUGAGAAUGAAUUAAGCAGCGCUGGUGUUUAUACAAAGGUAAGUAGUAGUUAAAAGAGGAGUGAAAAAGAUUUGUAU